AUGGCCUCCUUCGAUACAGAUGUUGAUUUCAGUGAAAGUCGGGCGAGAGAGAUCAAUGUCAUCGGAUGGGUGUUCACGGGUAUCGCCAUGGCGGCGGUAUUCUUGAAGCUAAUCAACAGGGUGGGAAGCAAGCGGCUUGGGUGGGACGACUUUUUUAUUUUCUUCUCUUUGGCUCUUAGCAUUAUCGCGACUGCUUUUGUCUCUUACUCGGUCACAUUGGGUCUGGGCCGACAUACAGCGGCAGUUGUGGCGGAAUAUGGAUUUGAAAGAUAUGAAAAAGUCGCGUUCUGGCAGAUCAUUGCAUUUCCUUUCAAUAUUGGCGCAUUUAGCUUUCCCAAUAUCUCUAUUGCUAUCCUCAUUGUGCAUCUACUGGACCCCAACCCGCUUCGAAAAUGGCUCCUUUAUGCCAUGGUGAUCUUUCAAGUCAUUUUUGCUAUGAUCUCUGUCUUCAUUGUGUUCUUCCAAUGCAACCCUACUGCAAUGAUGUGGAAUCCCACUUUGAAUGGCACAUGCUGGAGCUCAGAUGUCUUCGAUGACUUCUCCUACUGGGUCAGUGCCUAUACAACCUUGACGGAUAUUAUUUUGGCUCUGGUUCCAAUCAGUGCAUUCUGGAAAUUACAAAUGCCCUUCUCGACCAAGCUCGGGGUCUGCAUUAUGAUGGGAUUGACGAUGCUUUCUGCAAUUGUCACCAUUGUGAAAGCCACAUAUCUACAUCUAUUUACGAACCACACCGACCCUCUCUGGGUUGUGGUACCAUUGGUUCUCUGGGGCUUAAUUGAGCAAAAUGUUGUCAUCGUUGCCGCUUGCAUCCCGACCCUGCGCCCUUUCUUCCGCAAGGUAUUCCAGUCUACCAAAGGUUCCUCUGGUGAUAAUACCUCACGAAGCCGGUCCGGAUUCAAGGUCCCGGUCAAUCCACUCCACAAUUGGUCUAAUCGCCCUGCUUCCGUGUCGGAAUUUCCUCUGAAAGACACCAUUCGACAAGAAAGCCGCGAUGGAGAGAGCCAUGCCAGUGAAUAA